CCGCUCGGCUGCUCCCUCUCUAUCUGACCCGGGAAGGAGGCGGGGGGCACGUCAGAAACCUCGCCGCAGUUGAGAGAGCUCGCGCGCCGGUCAGCUAUGGGAGCUCGGAGAAGAUCCUUUGCGAUUCCAUGACAUAGAUUCAUGGUCGGGGUCUCAGGGACGGCGGCGGGCCAUCAGUGGUUGCGGAUCGGCGAUACAGCACGGCGCCUCCUACCGCGCACGAGGAGAGUCGGGAGGCGCGUCGGCGCGGCGGAGAACGCCUGCGCCCAGCCCAAUGUCCGGACAGGAGGGCAUGGAUGCAAAUGGGCGCGCAUUCUAACUGCACGCUCGGCCUUGAUUCUCCACCUAGCAGCUUGGUCUGUAACUGUGAAUCCAUGGUCGUGCUCUCGCGCGGUCGUGGGGGGACACAGACGCGCCGCCUGCACGCUGCUCUACGGUCCGUAAGCGCCUGAGAGCCCACCGGAAGCCGUGUUUUCCUUCCUCGCGGCGAGGCAGAUACGGCUUGACGGCAUGCCAUUCUGUGUGCUCCGGCCGGUGGGGUGGCGGCCAGCCGGCCACCGCAAUACCAGUCCUUUGCGUGACAGCUUGCUCGGUCGACGGGCGCCGUGUCACCCCUGCUCCCUACUCCUUCAGGAAUCAGGCUUCAGACUUCAGAGGCUAUAACUAUCAGCGCGAACUCAUGGACUGAUGCUGGUCAUGCAGUAAACCAGCUGUAUGAUCUCCUCUACAUGAUGGGCCGUGAUGACAUUGCGGUGGGAGUCGGAGGGGAGGGUGGUAUAUCCAAUGAUGGUAGAAUUUAUCCUCACGUUGGUGGCUAUUUCCCAAUAAUUGACCAGGGAAUGUCAACAAUAGGGGAGUGUCGAUACCGACAAUCAAUUCCACAGGGAUCAGGUGGCCGCUUGGACAUCAACGCGAAUUAUGGAGUUCGACGGGAAAUUCUUCCUCAGGGAAAUAGAAGUUACUCCCCUCUUCAACAGCCAACAACUCAACAAGUGAUGAUUGACACCAUAUCCGCUGGGCCAACGAAUGUCUUCCUCGUCGGAACACAUACAAACUUUGCGCUCUUCCUCAUGAGCAACCCGCACCUAAAGAAAAACGUGAAGCACAUUUACAUAAUGGGUGGGGGUGUGAGAUCGCAAAAUCCCACUGGUUGCUGCCCCAAGAACGACACAUCAUGCGUGCCACGACAAUGUGGUGAUCAUGGCAACAUGUUUACAACUUACACCAAAAAUCCAUAUGCCGAGUUCAACAUAUAUGGAGACCCUUUUGGCGCGUAUCAGGUCUUUCAUUCUGGUAUCCCGAUCACCCUUGUGCCACUCGAUGCAACCAACACGAUACCAAUCACUGAGUCCUUCUUCAAGGCAUUUGAGGAGCAACAGAGCACUUAUGAGGCACAGUACUCCUUCCAGUCUUUGAAGAUUGCUCGCGAUACCUGGUUUGAUGACCAGUUCUAUACAAGUUACUUUAUGUGGGAUUCUUUCAUGUCUGGUGUGGCACUCUCAAUAAUGCGCAAUGGUCAGAAACCGAAUGGCGAUAACGAUUUUGCUGAGAUGGAAGUGAUGAACAUAACUGUGGUUACAUCCAAUGAACCAUACGGUGUGCAUGAUGGAUCAAAUCCAUUCUUUGAUGGACAUGCAAGCCCAAAAUUUGAUUUAUUGAAAGGUGGUGUACAUAGUGGUCAUGUUCAGACAGGAUUCAAUGAUUCAUUUUGUGUUUUGGAAGGGAGCAUUAAAGGAAAAUGCCAGGAUGGAUACACCAAAGAGGUGCAAGGUCCUGACUCGGUUGCUGUACUUGUCGCAGUGAAGGCAAAACCUAAUAGAAAUGUUAAAAGUCCUCUUGAUAGAGAGUUUUUUGACCACUUUCUCGAGGUCCUGAAUCGCCCUGAACACACUGGGCACUUCAAUUUCACCGAUCAGUUUCGUCACUACAAAGAGAUUAUGUACAAACCUGAUUUGAAACAUCAGAUUAGAGGAAAGCCCGUCAUUUUUGACAUGGACAUGAGUCCUGGAGAUUUUCUUGCCCUCUUGUGCCUCCUGAAAGCACCUAUGGAAGCAAUUGAUCUGAGGGGGAUAUUGGUAAGUGGCAAUGGUUGGGCAAACCCAGCUACAGUAGAUGUUAUCUAUGACGUUCUUCAUAUGAUGGGCCGUGAUGACAUUCCAGUAGGACUUGGGAAAAUUACUGCACUUGGCGCCCCUGACCUUGGAUGUGAAUACGUGAAAGCCAUACCACAUGGUUCUGGUGGUUUUCUUGACACUGACACCCUUUUUGGACUAGCCCGGGUGUUGCCCAGAAGUCCUAGAAGGUACACAGCAGAAAAUUCAGUAAAAUAUGGUGCUCCAAGGGACACGGCGCGCCCUGAGCUCAGGCAGCCAUUGGCUUUUGAAGUUUGGCAACAUAUUAGAGAAGAACUCAAACCAACUGACAAGAUAACCAUCCUGACCAAUGGUCCUCUCACAAACAUAGCAAACAUCAUUCUAUCUGACACAAAAGCAGAAUCAGUAAUUGAGCACAUUUUUAUAGUCGGGAGUCAUUUGGCUGGCGGAAAUGGAGAUCGAGGCAAUGUGUUCACUGUUCCAUCAAAUAAGUUUUCAGAGUUCAAUUUCUUUCUUGACCCUCAAGCUGCCAAGGCGGUUGUAGAAUCCGGUUUAGACAUCACUCUCAUUCCUUUGAGAGCUCAACGCCAGGUGGAUUCUUUCAAAGAAGUCACAAGAUCGUUGUGUACUGCUGAGAAGACUCCUGAAUCAUUGUUUGCAUACCAGUUGUUGCUGUCAAUGCAGAAACUGCAAAAGAAUAACCAAGCAUAUCAUCACAUCGACAUGUUCCUUGGUGAGCUUCUUGGUGCUGUGUUCUUGGUUCAGCAAUCGCAUCUGAAUCACUCGAUCACCCAAAGGGCUAUCACUGUUAGAUCUGGUCAUGUAAGCAUCGAUGGUCAGACCAUCCUCUGCCGGACGAAUGGAAAGGUAGUAAAGGUGCUAGAUCAUCUCAACGCGGAUGUUUACUACACCGAGUUUGCGAAGCUGCUCAAUGCAAAGAAGCAGUCUGCGGUCGUGGGUAGCUUUGAUGAGCAGAAAAGAAUGUGGAAAAAAUGACGCGGUUCUGCCAGAUAGUCUGGCGCAUGGAAAGGAAAAUAGAAUUCUCGCUUGCCCUCCUCCUUUUGUUGUAAAAAUGUCAACACCGCAGAGCUCGCCGGAGGAGAAGCUCUUUUUAUUAUAUCUGUCUUUCGAAUACCUGCUGCUGCUGGCUUGCUGCAAGAUGGUCGCCGGUGAGAAAGAAGGGAGUCAUGCAAAAAGGAACGGCAACCAAGAUGGUGAAGAUGCGACUUUUUUGUUUUGCUUGCAAUGAUAGUUUGGUUUAUGGUUUUUCUGUUUGUUGAGAAAUUGGAGGGUGAAAUCCACGUCCUGUAAGGAAAUAGUUGAUUCUCUUAUGCAAGGUAGUUUUGUGGUAUGAUGAUGAUAGAGGAUUCUGAAAUUCCAGAUGUAGUAUGGUUCAAAACAUUGCAUAUAUACUGAAACUGGCAUGAUUCGGUAA